AUGAGCUCCCGCGACCGCUCUCGAGGGCGUCCGGCUGGUGCAUCACCUCGCCAGGAGCGCCGCGGCGGCGGAGAGAUGCGUAACGGUUCAGGACCAAUGCACCCAUCAUCUGGAUCUUCGAGGGCAGAAAGAUUCGAGGAUGAGAAGCGAAGGAUAAUAAACAGUUGUUUCUCAAAGAAGGAUGCUGAUGGGUCGACACUUGAGUCGUACAUCACCCAUAUCCGUAUCACGGAAGAUGCAGCCUACCCAUCGGCUCCGCCUCCAACCACCUCCCCACCGGAGAACAAGAAGCCGAGAGCAAUUAUUGUGUCUGUACGGAAGUCUGGCCGAGUGCGAAUGCACAAGUCAAGAGAGAACAGCGACGGCUCGUUCUCGAUAGGGAAGACGUGGACGCUGGACGAUCUAUCUCGCAUCCAGAUAUACGACCACUUGACCCCAUCAAGCCAGAUCGAACAGCAACAAAAGUCAUGGGCUGCAGACCUGGGAUUCAUUGUCACCAUCACUAAGCCAUACUAUUGGACCGCGGCAACUUCCAAGGAGCGGGACUUCUUUAUCGGCAGUCUCGUAAAGAUAUACAAGAAAUAUACUGGCGGAAAAGUUCCGGAGCUGGUUGGGCUGGACCCGAAUGAGAAAGAAGCGCUGGUUGGGAGCUUGCCGUUGGCUUCCAGACCUCCUCCGCAGUCACAAUCACAAUCACAGCCUCCCCCUCAGUCUCAACCUCCAAGCAGAGGACAGGACCCGAGGUUGAUGCAUGGAAAGAAUCCCCGUUCACAGUCUCCAUCUACAGGGCCAAACCGGUCCCAAUCCCCCUAUUCCAAUCUACCUCCUAGCCGUGAUGGUCCUCCAGACAUGCGAAAACAGCCGUCUAGAGAACAGUUUCUACAAAACAAACCUAGUCAGGACCAGAUGCCACGCGCUCCGCCCCCAGCAACUUUACUGCCACGGAUACCGGGUGAUGGUAGUAACAACAGUGCUGCUAAUAACCUACCAUCAAAACCUACACUGCAAACAUCACCGGUAGAGCCUCUGUCAAGGCAGCUUGGAGAUGCACCAUCAACUGAGAACCUUGUACCACCAUCCCCGGUUACUUCUGAGCAUCAGACUUUGCCAAAUAGGACGUAUAAACCAAUGCCAUUAUCUCCUGUAUCUGACAGUGGCUUGCUACCUAAUAAGGUGUAUACCCCCAUGCCAGCGCCAGCUCCAUCACCCAAGUCAGAGGAUAGGCCACAGCCAUACGGCCAAGGCAAACAACAUCAGCCUAGCCUAGAUAGUGGCGAUAUAUCACCUUUUAGCAAACCUGUGCAAACACGGCCAUCGACCAGUGAAUCUUCGUUGCCAGCUUCGUUGCGGCCAGCGUUUGACAGGUCCCCUAGCUAUGAUCAGAAGAGCAUAAGAAGCGUCAAGAGCAAUGACGGCGAGGAGGAUAGGUAUAAAGCAGUGCCUCCUCCUCGGGAAUCCCCCAAGGUUGAGCUUCCUGCGGUAGUCAAGGACGUACCACAACCUGAGCCACCGAAAAUAAGACCACCUGCGAUCAAUGGUGAUUUUGCCGCCGCUAUGGAGAAGGCACUGGCAGGCCGCGCUACCCCUGAGCCUCCAAGCGAACCACUCAUGAAGACCGAGUCUUCUCCAGAGCAACCAAAGCCUCCAGUGAUAAACAUUCCACCAGCAGCUGCAAGCAGCGCAUCUCUCCCCGAGCCCGGGCCUGAACCAGAGCCCGAAGUCGAGACUCACCGACGGGGAUUGGGCCCUAUGAUGAAGAGCAAGGGCGGUGCAAAGGACGUGGCUAAUGUUCUACGCAAGGCUGCGAAUGCAUACAACGCCUUCAAGCCUAGAGCUGGUGGGGCAGCCGAGCGUCUACGGGCAGCUAGAGAGAAAGAGAAGUCAGACGGACCAGAUGGAAUUACAGGCGUUGUCCCGGCGCCGUUGCAGAGAGGAAUCAGCGCAGAGACAACAACAACAACAACAACAACAACCAAGCCUACCACUACGGAGCCACCCAAAGUCCAGGUCACGGAUUCCAGUACCGGCAAGGAAGUCUCGUUUGAGAAGUCUACAGCAUCGGCAGACUCUUCAUCUCUGAAGACAAAGGAGACGAAACCCGUUAAAGUACCGCGGGAAGACAAUACCAAAAAGUGCUGCAGCGCACUUGGGAUUGAUCCGGCCGUGCUUGGUGGCCGUGGCGUGGAGUUUGACUGGCUGUUAACUGACCUUGGAUGGGAUGGUAGGUUGGGGAAAGACAAGGGAAUCGAGGCGCUGGAGGCCGAAAUACGGCGGGAGAUAGGACGAGUGCAAGCCAGCAGUUGGCUGAGCCAACUGCAGUCCUCGCAUGACGGACGAGUCGACCAGCUGGCCAAGCUGUUUGACCGUGCAAUGGAAGAGUGCGAUGAGCUGGACGGUCUACUCACCUUGUACUCCCACGAACUCGACACACUCUCGGAGGAUGUCAACUACAUCGAGUCCCAAGGCCAGGGACUGCAAACCCGCCUUGCCAACCAGCGACUGCUGCAAUCCGAGAUCCAGUCCCGACUCAAGUCCAACGGCGGCUCCCACUGA